AUAUAUGAGCAUUGGGCCGUGCAAUUAAGCAUCCGCCAAAAAAUAUCCCGUAAAGGGCAGUUCCUUUUUGUGCUCGCUUUGCUGCCUCCUCGUUCGUCUUUUCCGCGAAUUUCACCGGCCAUGAACAGCCUUCGGAGCCUUCCGACAUCCUCCGCUCCGCCCUCGCCGGCCCCGAGAGGACGUUCGAGUAGGCCACCGACCUUGAAUCUGGGGGUGAUACGACCACACCAUCUUCGUGUAAAUGUCGCCAGGAGUGCAUGUUCCAAGUCUUCUGCAAGUCCUGAGAAGACUGGUGCUGAAGUGCAAGAUCAGAAGUCUGAGAUAUAUAGCAGUGAUAUGACAAAAGCAAUGGGUGCAGUGCUGACAUAUAGGCAUGAGCUUGGAAUGAAUUAUAAUUUCAUCUACCCAGGAUUGAUUGUUGGUUCUUGUCUACAGACCCCAUCAGAUGUUGAUAAGCUUCGAAAGAUUGGGGUGAAGACCAUCUUUUGCUUGCAGAAGGACUCGGAUCUUGAAUAUUUUGGGGUUGAUAUUGGUGCAAUUCGUGAAUAUGCCAUGCAAUGUGGUGACAUUGAGCAUCUUCGUGCUGAAAUCAGGGAUUUUGAUGCAUUUGAUUUGAGGAUGAGACUUCCUGCAGUAGUUAGCAAAUUAUACAAGGCUAUUAAUCGGAAUGGUGGAGUGACUUAUGUUCACUGUACAGCCGGGCUUGGAAGAGCGCCUGCAGUUGCAUUGGCAUACAUGUUUUGGGUUAAAGGCUAUGAGCUGAAUGAAGGGCACCAGCUACUGCAGAGUAAGCGAGCAUGCUUCCCAAAAUUGGCUGCUAUAAAAAGUGCAACCAUUGAUAUGCUUAUAGGCCUCUCCAAGAACCAUGUCACUCUGAUGUGGAAAGGUAAUGAGUGUUCCUCAGUGGAAGUGUCUGGACUUGAUAUUGGAUGGGGACAGAGAAUUCCUCUGAAGUUCAACGAGGAGGAAGGUGUAUGGAUUCUUGAGAAGAACUUACCUGAAGGACGCUAUGAGUACAAGUACAUAGUUGAUGAUAAAUGGUUGUGCAACGAACAUGAGUUGUUGACAAGUGCAAACAAUGACGGUCACGUAAACAAUUAUGUAGAAGUUUCCAGUAGCGAUACAAGUGUCGAGGCAAUGGGGCUAAGGAAACGUUUAGCAAGCAAAAAUGUUGACCUUACCAAGGAGGAAAGGAAGAUGAUUAGAGACUUCCUGGAAUCCUAUAACGCGUAGAAACGAGUUCUACGUGAUGGUUCAAAGAGUAUUAUGGAGUAAGGGUGUCAACCUUCAGUGUCACCAAUGUACAUAUCAGGUGAUGAUCCGAUAGUACGUUAUGUUAAGUUAAUAAUAAAUGUAAUCCUCCACUUUAUGUUGUCA